UCUCAAUCUGAGGGUGUAAUUACCUUUACACACAUCUUCACAACAACUUUCAGGAAGAAUAAUAAUUAUUCCCACCCAGGUCUUAGACCGCACCAACAAUCUAAUACUUCAAAAAUAACCCAGUAAGCCUCACUCAGGUCCUUCCCACCAUCUGGGGGCGUAAAUUAUCGUUACACACAUCUUCACAACAACUUUCAGGAAGAAUAAUAGUCCCACGCAGGUCUUAGACCACACCAAUAAUCUGUUUAUAUUAGAUCUUCCUAAGAAUACUCUGAAAAUAACCCAGUA